AUGUCUUCAGGCUCAUCGCAGUACAAAGUUCCAAACAUCAACAUCCACAAGGAGGCUGGCUCUCCGGUGAAUGCGAGUGAAUUGCUAAGCAGGUCAUCAGAUAUUAAAAAGCAGCUUUCACAAUCUUUUCAAGGCAGCUCGUCAGGAGGCACCAGCGGUGGUGUUCAAAAACCUCAAUCUAGAAGGAAUUCAUCAAUACAUAUCAAGAACGAAGAGGAUGAGGAGGAUGAUCAGGGCAAUGAGAGAAAACGUCGUGACAAUAUUAACGAAAAAAUACAAGAAUUGCUAGGACUCGUUCCCUCUAUGUACUUUCAAGAACUGACCUCUCGAGAUGACGAGGAUGGAGCAGCUAAAAGUACUGGAACCAAGGACGGUAAGCCAAACAAAGGUCAGAUUUUGACUAAGUCGGUCGAGUACAUCCAGUAUUUACAGAAUCUCAUCGACGAUAAUAACAGAAAGGAAGUUGAGUUGUUGCUUCGGCUUAAGAAUCUCAAGAUGCAACAACAAGGAAGAGGUAAUGUUCCUCUAUCAGCAGACCCUACUAGCGCUGAGAUUGCAUUGGGUGAGAUUGGUGUGGGGCCGCAUUCGAGAAAGUAUUUCGAAGAGGUCUUGUACCAGAUUGCUAAUAAUAAGAGCUGA